CACCGAAGCAACGUCCACCUUUUGCUGUGUCAAAGUGGAGCCCGGUGGGCGCCUGCGCUGCGACUCCAACUCGCCUGUUUCAUUUCUGGCAAACACUCCUGUUAAACUGCGCGUCUAGCCGUUAACCUGGGUAGGCUAAUAAAAGUAUAAAGAGCGUUCAGCCCGCUCUUCACACCGGUGUUGUGCAGUUUUGCGUGGUGUGUCCUGCUAACUGGUAACCUAGCUAGUCAGUGUGGAGCUGAGCUAAUGUUUCAACCUUCUCAUCUUGCUCUCAACUCUUACAUUUAAAGUAUCGCAUCUAAAAGAAAAAAAUAGAAAAAAUGCAGUGAAUUUCAGAUUUUUUUCCUAGUGUUUGGACUUAAUUGGAAUGGCACUAUGCCCGCAGCUACUGUGGAUCACAGCCAAAGAAUAUGUGAGGUUUGGUCCAACAACCUGGAGGAGGAGCUGAAGAGGAUCCGACAGAUCAUCCGAAAAUACAACUAUAUAGCAAUGGACACGGAGUUUCCAGGUGUUGUAGCCAGACCGAUCGGAGAGUUCAGGAGCAAUGCCGACUAUCAGUACCAGUUGCUGCGCUGCAAUGUGGACCUGCUGAAGAUUAUACAGCUGGGCCUGACGUUUAUGAACGAGCAGGGAGAAUAUCCUCCAGGAACGUCAACGUGGCAGUUCAAUUUUAAGUUCAACCUCACAGAAGAUAUGUAUGCACAGGACUCCAUUGAGCUUCUGACCACUUCAGGGAUUCAGUUCAAGAAGCACGAAGACGAAGGCAUCGAGACGCUUUACUUCGCCGAGCUGCUGAUGACGUCCGGAGUGGUGCUGUGCGAUGGAGUCAAGUGGCUGUCUUUUCAUAGCGGAUAUGACUUUGGGUACCUGAUCAAGCUCCUGUCUAACGCCAACCUGCCUGAGGAGGAGGUGGACUUCUUUGAGAUUCUCCGCUUGUACUUCCCUGUCAUUUACGACGUGAAGUACCUCAUGAAGAGCUGUAAGAACCUGAAGGGCGGGCUGCAGGAAGUAGCUGAACAGCUGGAGCUGGAGAGGAUUGGACCACAGCACCAGGCUGGUUCAGACUCUUUACUCACAGGCAUGGCGUUCUUCAAGAUGAGAGAGAUGUUCUUUGAGGAUCAUAUCGAUGAUGCGAAAUACUGCGGCCACCUGUACGGGCUGAGCUCGGGCUCGGCUUACGUGCAGAACGGAACGGGAAACGCUUACGAAGAGGAGGCCAACAAGCAGCAGUCGUGACAUCGCUCUGAAACUCUGCCAUCCCUGCUACUCGCAUCCACAAUCAGCCCGGCUCUGAGGCCCGGCGCUGCGACAAUAAUGGAGGAAAAAACUACCAACGUACAUAAUAUGCAUCAUUUAGCGAGCUGUUUUUCAUUGGCUGUGCCAACUGUAGAUGAUGGAGAAAAGAAUCCCAGCUGUCCUCAUCCAUGCCGCGAGUUGCAUGUGUGAGUUUAGGCUUUUAUUCCUGCAAGGCAGCAUAGACGACGCGAGCGGUUCAGUUUAGUUAAACAUGAUGGGAUUUUAGUUUUCCUGGAGUGUUCUGUAGACAUGUUUUGCACUUUAAAGAGCUCUAACCUGAUUUUAUAUGGAAAGCUGAACGCAUUUCCGGCGUGUCUCUGUCUCUCUUCCCUGUUUGUUGCCUUUCUGUGUUCCUGUUUUAUAUUGUGAACAUGUAGGAAAAUCUCCACCACCACGAAAGCAGCUCUCACCACACUCAGCCUUAACAGUAGCUGCAUUCUUCUCUUUUAAAACUUUUAAUUUAUUGUGCUGGUUCCGCAACGUCCUCCGGCGACCCCGUCAAACACUAAGACCCGGAUGAGCCCCCCACCCUUCCUAAAAUCCGGAUGGAUCAAGACCAGAGUUUUUUUGUUUAUUUGUUCAUGUGAUUAAAAAAAUGUUUGUAAUGAUCUGAAUAAGGUCUGAAUUCACUGUGAAAAAUGUCUUCUUGGUCCAGAACAGGACAACAGUUCUUCCCUCUUAUUUCCUUGAGUUCAGAAAUGUCACAUGCUGUUCUAUAAAUAACGUUCAUCCAGAUGCUUUUCAUUAGGAGGAAUGAGUGUCGUUUGUUUGUCCAGUCGCUCUCGCUGACGGAUGCACAUGUGGUCAGAUGCAUGAGCUUUGUGUAACUGACUGGUGAUGCUGCAACCUUUUUUUGAUUAAACCAGCUGUAGGAUUUUUUUUCUCUAAAUGACUCUUCUGGGAGUAAACUUCAUUUUUAUUAUUUUAGUCUAACCAGGGUGGGGGCUUUUAUUCAUAGAGAGCGUUGCUUAUUAACAAACACCGU